GAAUUCUGGGCUUCUCACAUGGUGUGGGACAGCUAGAAAAAAAUGUACAGUAAUUAAGGUGCUGCCUUUUUCUUUAGCUGCCAGCUUCUGACUUUGGAGUUGCAGGUGUAAAGGAACAGGGACACAAUGAGAAAUGUUUUGGACACACAGUUGUGGAGUUGAGACAUGAGAGAGCUGAUGGACCAGGCAAGGCAUCUAAACUUAAAAUUCCUCUUUUAUUCAAUGUCUAAUAGUCUGAAAUCCUGUGGGAUUCAAUAAGGUAAAGAGGAUUAUUUCUUGAGGCCUGGGAGUGCAGGGGAAUUGAGGAAAGACAACUUGGAAAAGUGUAUUAUAAUAAGCAUUCAUUCAUAACAGAACUUAUUUCUUGCUUUUCUUUUAAUUUAUCCGCAUCUCGGUGUUUAGAAAGAAGUCAUGUGAGCCUCCGAGCUGCGGGGACAGAGACAGUGGAGAACGUGUGCAUCAGUGCAGAGUGCUGCUGGAGCCCUGGCAGAGCGAGAGGGAGGCAGAGGGAGCCUGAGAGAGAAAAGGCGAAGUGGUGGGAGCUGGAACAGCAGCAACUGCUGCUGCUGCUGCACGGAGCAGCUCAUGCCUGGGAACCGGCUCUGCUGCCAGCACGCCUCUCUGAGGGCGCAGGUACCUCACAUUCAAAAGUCCUAGGUGGUCAGUGGCACUUCCAGGAGCCAAGCACAGCGGCUUUAUUCUUUUCUUUUCCUGCAAAGAGCACCUGUUUGAGGACUCCGCUUCUUUUCCUGGACUGAAAGCUUACUUGCCUCCUGCUGGGUGCACUCUCCUCCUGGUUUCCCUCCUGCCUGUGGGGACUGUACCCCUAUGGAUGCCCCCAUACAGAUUUUCCGUGAGGAGCCUGACUCCACCUGCUCCCCAGGGCCCUGCCGACCCGCCAGCACCAGCAGCAGCUGGCUCUCGGGCUGGCCAGACUAUGACAGCAAUGCCACUGGGGCAUUUGGGGACGGCCAGCACAACAACACCAGCAUCUCCCCUGCCAUUCCCAUCAUCAUCACUGCUGUCUACUCGGUGGUCUUCGUCGUGGGCUUGGUGGGAAACUCCCUGGUCAUGUUUGUCAUCGUAAGGUACACGAAGAUGAAGACAGCGACCAACAUCUACAUCUUCAACCUGGCUAUGGCAGAUGCACUUGUUACCACCACCAUGCCUUUCCAAAGCACCGAGUACCUGAUGAACUCCUGGCCAUUUGGUGACGUGCUGUGUAAAAUAGUGAUUUCUAUUGACUAUUAUAACAUGUUUACCAGCAUUUUCACCCUCACCAUGAUGAGUGUUGAUCGGUACAUUGCUGUCUGUCAUCCUGUGAAGGCUCUGGACUUUCGUACACCUCUCAAAGCGAAGAUAAUCAACAUCUGUAUCUGGCUGCUGUCCUCGUCUGUUGGUAUAUCAGCAAUAGUUCUUGGAGGUACCAAAGUAAGGGAAGAUACCGCUAGCACUGAAUGCUCCUUGCAGUUUCCAGACAGAGAUUAUGUGUGGUGGGACAUCUUCAUGAAAAUCUGUGUCUUUGUCUUUGCAUUUGUUAUUCCAGUCCUCAUUAUAAUUGUUUGCUAUACCCUGAUGAUUCUGCGCCUGAAAAGCGUGCGGCUUCUCUCCGGGUCUCGAGAAAAAGAUCGAAACCUGCGUCGCAUCACCAGGCUGGUUCUUGUGGUUGUGGCAGUUUUUAUUAUCUGCUGGACUCCUAUUCACAUCUUUGUGCUGGUGGAGGCCUUGGGGGACGUGUCCCACAGUACUGCUGCCAUAUCCAGCUACUACUUCUGCAUCGCUCUGGGUUACACCAACAGCAGCCUCAACCCAAUCCUUUAUGCGUUUUUGGAUGAAAACUUCAAGAGAUGCUUCAAGGACUUCUGCUUCCCCCUCAAGAUGAGGAUGGACAGGCAGAGCACCAGCAGAGUCAGAAACACUGUGCAUGACCCAGCUUACAUGAGGGAGGCAGGUGGGGCAAACAAACCUGUAUGACUAGUCGUGGAAAUGUCAUCUUACUGUCCUCAGGAGAGAGAGGAGUCCAAUGACCUAGGACUGACGCAGAUUACCACUGCAGUUUGAAAUUGACUCACCCAGACAGACAUUUCUGGAAUAUUUCAGAAAUCCCAGCAGUUUCAGCUAAAGCAAGUUUAUUAUUGAUAAACAAGAACUGCCUGAAAAUGAGCUCAGAUGAAAAGGACCUGGAUGAUGGCCAGGUUUUGGCACUGUAUCUGUCACACUCGAGCCAGCACUAAAACACACUUUUGCAGAGAGAAGAGAUAGUGUCACACCAGGUGAUUCUGGAUAAGAAUGGUUCUGGCUCUUCUCUUUACAAUAUGUAACAUUGUAAUAAGCAACAUUUGGUCCUAAAAGAACUAUACCAGAAGCUUCUGCCCCAGCAGUGAUUGCUUCUAAAGUAGGAAGUUUGACAACCUCGUCCUCUUUAACAGUGUUAGGUUUCUGUGAACAAUACCAGAGCUAUAAUCAAUAUUGUCCUCAAUUAAUAUAUCUUUGUAACCUUUGUUUGUGCUGUGAAAAUCCAAUUUAAGCAUGAUCUACCUACACACCAAAGUGAUUUUAUUGUGUCUGUGUAUGAUAAAGCUUUUUGGCAUUCAAAAAUAUUGGAAUUUAAGGAAAAUUGUUAUCACAUGUUUGAUCACCUGUGUGUAAUGUUUUGUAUGUGUGAUUUUCCAAGGUGGUUGUUUCUUUAUUGAGUCUGAAUAAUAUAAUAUGCAUUUUCAGAGUGUAUAUUGAACAAGAGGCUAGAAAACUUCAAAUGCUUCAUCAAAAUUGAUGAAAAGCUGUGUUACAUUCAUUCCAUGGAGGAAACACUCUCAUGUGUAACUUGUUUUCCUGGACAAUAUGUAAGCAGGCUGAAAUAAAUAUCUGACAAAUUAGAAACAAGUUAAGUAGCACAUGAACUAACUGGAUUGAUACAAAGGAAAUUAAAUAUUACUGGAUGAUUUAAUGGCAUUUGAUGGAAAAAGUUCCUGGUUUAUUGAUGUUGAUAUAUUUUUUUUUUAUACAGGCCAUUAAUUCAGUAAUUUUCUCUGUUUUCCUGUGAAGAUGGAGGUGUCAAGGCACAGCUAAAUAACUUACUAGCUUGCUGAAGAUAAAUUUAUGGUUAAACUGAGCCUAACUUCCAGUCUGCAGACUUCUGUCUUCCUGAAGUUAUAUGUUGCAACUCCCACUACUGCUGUUGCUGAAAUUUGGAGGAAUGCUCUCAUUGCCAUCACCCUGAACAGACACACAGAUACAGAUAUAUAUCUUGUUAAUUUUGUUCUUUUACAAAAGAAACUAUAAGGUGGGUGCCUUCACUUCAUGGCAAAUUUUCUCAGAAACACAAUCUGAUUUGGUCCUAACAGACCAAAAAUGCUUUAUGCACACCAGCAUAAAUAAUGAGUUUUUUGUUGGACUAGCUGGCAGUCCAGUUCUGGAGGAAGUGCUGAAGAUAUUCAGCCUUCUGCAGGACUUCCAUAUACUCUAUUGUUAAUACAGUCAUAUAUAUCAAAUAUUUUUGAUACCAGGUUGAUAAAUGCUGUUAUUGUUGAAAUAUUCAAGAUAACUCUUUCUGAACAAGUCUAGUGCUUUCUGAUUUUUUUCUAUGUGAAGAAUGAAUAGCUGACCUCAGGAUGCUUGCUUUACCUGGGGAAAUGAAUGAUGUUCACACAAUGCUGAGUCUCAUCUCCUAUUCUGUCAUUCAUUCAUUUUUCUUAACAUGCAUCCACCUUUCUAAAUUAAGUCCUGACCUUUAAAUGGCCACAAAAAAAGAAUGUUUAAGGCAAAAAUUGAAAAUCCAAGGUGUUUAUCAAGUUAGGAGCAAGUGAAAUGGGAAAGAACUAGAAUCUAAUGAACUAUUUUCAUUCAAAAUAACCAAUGUUCUUGUUCAUGACUUACCAUUUGCAUAUGUAUGUCUGUGCUUGAAUAGAGUUUUUGUUCUACACAUUAUGUGCAAUGCUCUGCAUUGUAAUGAAAAAUCACUGUUCUUAAUUUGCAAAAAGGAGGCUUCUAAUAAUAUUUUUUCAGGUUUAUGUUUUGAAGAAGGAGAUCAUCAUUUCUAUCACAGUGGGAGGAAAGUAUAACUUCCUAACAAUUAAGCUUGCAAAAUGUUAUAAGAAUGUGUCCUAAAGGUUUAUUUCUAUCAUGGAUCAUUAACAGCCAAAUUAGUCUGAAUGCAGUAGAAAGAUGUCUCGGAAGUUUUCUUGUCAAAUUGAGCAGCUUUUGAAGCUACACUUCACUGAACAACAGCAGAAAACUGGCCAAGGUAUCUUCAGCACACGAGGAAGAGCAUUAAAAAUGAUACUAUGGUUUUGCUCACAGGAUCUGCCUCAAGAUGACUGAAUUCCCAUUGCAAAGCACUUCACAUUCUUUGUGACUCCAGGCCAGUGACUUGCCUUGUCUCUUGCUCUGGCUCCAGGAGGCAGCAAGAGGUGAAGGCAGGGUAGGAGCUGCCUGGCCCAGGAGUAGGUCUGGGUGGGGAAUGGGGCAGCAGGGACAGGCUGUGCUGUCCCAUGGGCCCUGGAGGAAGGCAACAUGUGGCAGACACACGUGGGCAGCCUGGGAAUUAGUUGUACUUGCUGCAACCACUCUUACCUCCCUUUCUUUUUGGAGGUUCCAAAAAUUCAAUACUGCAAAAGCAUGGUCACGGACCUGCUUGUGGGCCUAAACUCCAGUCAAUCAACUAGUGUGGAUAGUUAACAUCUCACUUUCUGUGUUUUCUGCUUCUUUUAACUGAGAAAUCUUUUAUUUGGAAAAUAUACUUGGUGUUCUGGUCCAGGACAGAACAACAGAUGGCAGAGAAAUAAUGCUCAGAUGCUGAGAAACCCCAAGUUUUGUUAAUGAGCAAUACCUCAACAUGCUGAGAAAUUCAGAGGAAAACUGAAAAUUACAUUUUUUUUCCUGUGAAAGGCAAAGGGAAAACAUACCAAUAUGAGCCAGAAUUCCUUUUGGUUCUGGUAAAUUAAUGAAGUCUUUGCAAAGAAGACAGGGAGAUUGUGCUGGGAUUUUUAUUUUCCUUAAUUGUUUAUCAAUUCUUAAUCAAAUAAUCGUUGUAAAUAUAUGGCUGUUUUCUUCCCAUUGAAAUUUUUUCUUCAGCAAAAAUGUGGAUUCAGCAAAAAUGAUUGAGUUUGUGAUAACUUAUGUAAUCUGUCAAAUAAAAAAAAUUAAUUGUGCCUGGAUAAUUUUUAACUGCAUCUUACAGGUGUGCAAUACAAUAUAGUGAGUGCAUCUAUUCAAUGCCAGAGUGAUAGACUGAAAGAUAUUUCAAUUUGAUUGGAUAUUUGACUGAAUCAAAGUAUUUUGGCUUGGGUCUUUCUUUUUGUUGGACUGCAUGUGGCUUGGGAACUGUUGCUGCAUAAAGCCCUGAUGUGCAAGGUGGAAUGAUCUCAGACUCAGAACACUUAGUUAAAAGUGUUUUGACAUCCAACUGUGUGGCUAAUGCAAGAGUGUGCAAGCACUGGGAGCUGCUUGCUGAAGGGAAGCAGCUGAGAGCAGGAGCUGCUUCCCCUGCUGCUUUGGGACAGGUAAAACCUGUCACACACUGUGUGUAAGGACUGCUCAGCUUUAGGUUACACCACUGUGAUUUAGCCACAGCUGGCAACAAAAAACAACAGAGUCACUUUCUCACUGCCUGUUCCCUCCCCUCCAAAAAACUUGUGGGUUGGGAUAAAAACAGUUUAUAAUAGAAACAAAGUAAAAUAUACUAAUAUUAAUACUAAUGCUAACACUAGUAGUAAUAAAAAGGAGACUGUGCCUGUCUCCUCUUGGCCAAUUCCUCCCAGUUUACACACUGAGCAUGAAAUCCUGUGGCAUGGGAUAUCUCUUUUGGCAAGAUUGGGGCAGCUGUUCUGGCUGUGCUCUCUCCUCUCUUCUUGUGCGUGCUGGCAGAGCAUGGAAAAUUGGAAAGUCAGGGUAAGACUUGCUUGGCCACAAAUAGAACAUCAGUAUGUUAUCAACAUAUUCUUUUACUAAAUCCAAAACACUGCCCAGUACCUGCUGCUCGGAGGAAAACUAAUGAUAACCCAGCUGAAACCAAGACAAUAAUUUCUGGGAAAGAUUCUUGGAAGUUACCAGUGUACUUCCCCUCCAACGUUGAUUUUUAGCUGGCAGCAAAUCUAAAUUCUCUUAUUCCGUUUCCAAUUAUGUUAAUACCAAUGGCAACAUCUCAGAUGUUACGGAUCUACAGAAGGGAAAUACCCAUCUCCUUCAUAAGUAAACAAGCCCUGGGGCAGACUGAUAGCUGUAGGAAUCUGGGUUGCUACUUUGCUGCUAAAAGGAAUAGCAAAAAUACCUGCAGCUUUGUACUCUACUGCUAAGUUGCAGCAAUCCCUGUAGUAAACCUCAUGCAGGUGUUCUUGUCUAUUAGUGAUUUAAUGGUGUGAAGACUUGUUAGUGGGUACACAGUAUGAGAAAAUUGUAUUGACAAUGACAGCAGUUUAGGAAAGUGCUUAGAAAAAGUGUAUAGAAGCUAGGAGACAUGAAAAAUAAAGGCUGUGAGCACGUGUGAACCAAUGUAUCAGUGUACAGGAUUUCUUCUUGCUUUUAAUUUAUAA